GAGGCUGCUGGAUCCAGGGCUGAAGGUUUACAAUGGCCUCUGGGAAUAUACUCUGAAACCCCAGCCGAUGGAAUGCUUGAGUGACUGAAGAAAAUGGGUGCUAAUGCAUCUAACUAUCCUCACUCAUGUUCCCCGAGGGUCGGGGCAAAUUCACAAGCCCAGCAGACCUUUAUAGGAACAUCCUCCUUUUCCCAGCAAGGCUAUGGUUGUGAGUCAAAAUUGUAUAGCCUUGACCAUGGCCACGAGAAACCACAAGACAAAAAAAAGAGGACCUCAGGCCUUGCCACCCUCAAAAAGAAGUUUAUUAAGCGUCGGAAAUCCAACCGGUCUGCGGAUCACUCCAAGCAGAUGCGAGAGCUCCUGUCUGGGUGGGAUGUUAGGGAUGUCAAUGCGCUAGUGGAGGAAUACGAGGGCACGUCAGCCUUAAAGGAGCUUUCGCUACAAGCCAGUUUGGCUCGGACGGAAGCCCGGACGUUGCAGAAAGAUAUGGCCGAUCUGUAUGAGUACAAGUAUUGUACGGAUGUUGACUUAAUAUUUCAAGAAACUUGUUUUCCUGUUCAUCGUGCCAUUUUGGCGGCCAGGUGUCCAUUUUUUAAAACGCUGCUUUCUUCCUCACCCGAGUACGGAGCAGAGAUAAUAAUGGACAUCAACACAGCUGGGAUAGAUAUGCCUAUGUUUUCUGCUUUGUUACACUACCUGUACACAGGAGAGUUUGGGAUGGAGGACUCAAGGUUUCAAAAUGUUGAUAUCCUCGUGCAGCUGAGUGAAGAAUUUGGAACGCCUAAUUCCCUGGAUGUAGAUAUGCGUGGACUCUUCGAUUACAUGUGUUAUUAUGAUGUUGUCCUUAGUUUUUCUUCAGACUCUGAACUGGUUGAAGCUUUUGGUGGAAAUCAGACCUGCUUAGAUGAAGAGCUCAAAGCUCAUAAGGCUGUUAUUUCAGCCCGGUCCCCAUUUUUUCGGAAUUUAUUGCAAAGGAGGAUACGGACUGGGGAAGAAAUCACAGACCGGACUCUGAGGACUCCCACAAGAAUUAUAUUAGAUGAGUCCAUUAUACCAAAAAAAUAUGCGAAAGUGAUCCUACACUGUAUGUACACCGACGUGGUGGACCUCUCUGUUCUGCACUGCAGCCCCUCGGUGGGGAGCCUCAGUGAAGUGCAGGCUCUGGUCGCAGGAAAGCCUGACGUGACCAGAGCAGAAGCGGCCAUGGAGCUUUACCCCAUUGCACUGUUCCUGGAGUUUAACAUGCUGGCACAAGGCUGUGAGGAUAUCAUUGCUGAGAGCAUCUCAUUAGAUACCUUACUUGCUGUCCUCAAGUGGAGCUCUCAUCCAUAUGGCUCCAAAUGGGUGCACCGGCAAGCUUUGCAUUUCCUCUGUGAGGAAUUCUCCCAGGUCAUGACUUCGGAUGUGUUUUAUGAACUCAGCAAAGACCAUCUGCUUACUGCUAUCCAGUCUGACUACCUACAGGCAAGUGAGCAAGAUAUCCUUAAAUAUCUGAUUAAGUGGGGAGAGCAUCAGUUGAUGAAAAGAAUAGCUGACAGAGAGCCAAACUUGCUGAGUGGCACUGCUCAUAGUGUGAACAAAAGAGGUGUGAAAAGACGGGACCUGGACAUGGAAGAGCUUAGAGAGAUCCUUUCUUCUCUCUUACCCUUUGUGCGAAUGGAACACAUCUUGCCUAUAAACAGUGAAGUCUUAAGUGAUGCAAUGAAAAGAGGCUUAAUUAGUACUCCUCCAUCAGAUAUGCUUCCUACAACGGAAGGCGGAAAGUCAAAUGCCUGGCUACGGCAAAAAAAUGCUGGCAUAUAUGUUCGCCCGCGACUCUUCUCCCCCUAUGUGGAAGAAUCAAAGUCAGUGCUAGAUGAGAUGAUGGUGGAACAAACCGAUCUUGUGCGCUUGCGAAUGGUUAGAAUGUCCAAUGUACCCGACACACUGUAUAUGGUCAGUAACGCUGUGCCCCAGUGUUGUCACAUGAUCAGCCACCAGCAGAUCAGCAGUAACCAGUCAAGCCCUCCAUCAGUUGUAGCCAAUGAAAUUCCAGUCCCUCGGCUGCUCACGAUGAAGGACAUGGUCAGGCGCCUGCAGGAGCUCCGGCACACCGAGCAGGUGCAGCGGGCCUACGCACUGAACUGCGGGGAGGGCGCCACCGUCAGCUACGAGAUCCAGAUCCGCGUGUUGAGGGAGUUUGGGCUAGCAGACGCCGCCGCAGAGCUCUUGCAGAAUCCUCACAAGUUUUUUCCUGAUGAACGUUUUGGGGAUGAGAGUCCACUCUUGACAGUGAAACAGCCUGGGCGAUGUCGGGUUAACAGCACCCCAACUGCAGAGACCAUGUUUACAGAUCUGGACUCUUUUGUGGCCUUCCAUCCACCUCUGCCCCCUCCUCCACCUCCAUACCACCCCCCUGCCACCCCAAUCCAUAACCAACUCAAAGUGGGCUGGAAACAAAGACCCCCCAGUCAGCAUCCUUCCAGGUCGUUUUCCUACCCCUGCAACCAUUCACUGUUGCGCCCCAGAGCACCUCCUAAAGCUCCCCCGCCUCCGGUCUACUUGCCGAGUGCCAAAGCAGUGCCCCCCGACUGUACGAGCCCUGCGGGGCUGGCGCGGCCACCCGUGGCGGCUGCUGCAGCUGCUGCUGCCUCGGCAUCGAGGACGUCUGAGAAACAAGUGUGUACGCAGCCCGUGCUGAAUGACCUGGUGCCCGACAUCGCCAUGGGCGUGUCUACAAUGUCGCUCAAGGACAGGCGACUUCCGGAGCUUGCAGCGGACACCGAGCUCAGCCAGUCCCUCUCCCACGCCGCGCCGGGGCCGCCCCAGCACCUGGCGUGUGUGCCACAGAGGCACGCGCACACUGCUCAAAAGAAACACACACUGGAAGGGAAAACCGAGCCGAGAGAAAACCCGCAGGAAUACCCAGAUUUCUAUGACUUCUCCAGUGCUGCCUGCAGACCUGCGACCCCUGCUCCCGGCCGGCGGAGCCCUCCCCCGCCACCAGGUGGACAUCAGGGCCCCGAUUUGUACAGCCACAGUAAGGCGUCAGCAGGUGGCUUAAAGUCCACCUACCUACCUGGGCAGCCCUCUCCACAAAAACAGGAAGCAGCCAGGCGAGAGUACCCACUGCCCCCCGACGGGCCUCUCCACAAACAGCCCAGUGAGGCCAUCCGCCUGGACGUCGUCCAUCAGCCGCUCCAGCGCUCCGCCUUCCCCGUCACAGUCCCGGAAAACACUGCUCAUGGCCCUGCCCACAUCCGGGGCCAGGCGGCAGGAGAAACCGACUUGACUUUUGGGCUGACCUCUAACAGACCUUCCCACCCGGUGUGCAGCUCAGAAACGCCAGGAGAAAGGCCUGGCAGGAGACUGGCUGACAGUGAGCCCCUGGGCCAUGGAGCCCAGAGAACCCCGGACUUGGAGAGAGAGGAUUCUGGAAGCAGAGGAAGGAGGUCCCCAAACAAGCCUGACUUCCUCUACAAGAAGUCCGCCCUGUGAGCACGGCUUCACAUCUUGUGCCUGAGACGUGAGGCCCCCAGUGACCAUGUGACCUAGCAGCUUACAGACCAGUUGAUGGUUGCCCGCUGAAACAGCUGGAUACCCGAGACCCUGUCCUCGGUGUGUACAAAUGUUGGUGGACGUGGCGCGCUAAGAGGGUGGCUUUGGAUGCCGCCCCUGUCGAUUCUGCGCGGGGACGUUGGCUCGGGGAAGUGUAUUUCAGAGCAAGCAAGCUGGCACUUUCUUUCCUCUGGACAAGUGAUGGGAUUUUUUUGCACUUGUACAAUUAUUUUAUCUAUAUUGGUUUUUAUAUCCGUAUGCUAAACUUUAUUGCCACAUUUAAAGGACCGUAUUUUCGUACUUUUUUGCAUUUUACUUUUCAUCUACCAACUGCGCUGUGCACUGGAGUGCACACUAAGAUGUAUUUUCUUAUGAAAUAGUUCUGUGUUUAUUUUUUAAUUAUAGAAAUUCCAAAGAACAGCACAUCAAAAUCCCCCUGUUUAGUAAUGCUUUUGGUUUCUGAACUCUUCCAUGACUCCAGUGUCUGUCCUCUCUAAUCCGGCUCUGGGCUAGUCGCCACCCCUCCAGCAGCGGGCCGCCUGCUCGGGGGCUGAGGCUGUUCUGUUUCCAUCAGAGCCCCAGAAGAACAGCCUCUGUGUCCCGCCACACUCCGGUGGACACGUGGCCUCUGCACCAGCACCCAGAGGGUGCCACUGCAGGAGGGUGCCACAUGGGAGCGGCGUGCCACCUCUGUGAGCAGACCGGCUGCCGGCCACCUUCCGUCCCCUUGCUCUGUGGGGGAAAAACAAAAGGGCUUCAGUCUUACGGUGUCAGUGGGUGUUUGUUAGCGUGUGUUUUCUUACAGGUGUCUUUCAAAGUCUGUCUGAACUUUGGCGUCCUAUAAAAAGUUGUUGUAUAAUGCUUUGUCACCAAAAGAGAAGAGAAAAAACACACACACAACUUUUCUCCAGUUAAACACUACAUGUCCUACUUGAACUUCACAGGGGACGCUGGUGCGGGCCUUUCUCUGAACCAGUGCGGCACUGCGGGGAGAUGGGAGGCCCUCUCCCUUGGAAGGCCAUUGUUUCUUGUUCUGACUCUCCAGUGUAAAUAUGCCCCUAUUUGGGUUUGUCAAUCCCGUCAGCACUCUCUGGGCCUUCCCUUUGUGCUUGUGCAAGCACACCCCCCACCCCACCCCCACCCCCCGUGGCUCUCUGAACAUCCCCAAGUGCAAAGGGGAUCUGGGAAGCUCUUCGAAGUACGUGUAUAUUUGUGUAACUACAAGUCACUCACACUCACGCUAAACUAUGCAGGGCUCGGGAGCCUUCACAAGCUACAUAUAAACGAAUUACAUGCACUUUUCAGUAAGUGGGUUUCUAUUGGGUGUCAACAACUCUAAUUUCUCCCAAAACUAGUUUCUUAACAAUCUCUUCCUACUUGACCCUGUGGAUAUACACUCAGGAAUAAUCGGACGGUUUAAGAAAUCCAAACAUUCGGCAGUCUCAAAGGUGGAACCACAGUGGCCAGCUGUCCACUGCGACCGGCACAUUCAUUGAUGCAGGUGAUCCGACCCCUUCUGUGAAGAGAGGAAACACCGGGCUCUGUUUUCAUGGGGGUGGGGGUGGGGGGGUGGUCUAGCCGUGUCUUUGGAAGCUCUGUUUCUAUCUGUUCUCACAGGCAGUUGUCAAUCCCCCACCCUAGCCCUUUGUGGACAUGAAUUAUGUUUGUUGGUAGUUUGUUUUGUUUUUUUAACAUGACCUGGUUUAUUUAGUGUUAGACCAGAGCUAUUGACCCCACACAUCCUGGGCCUAAGAACUCAUUCAAUACUCUUUUAUGUUCCUACAGUAUAGUUAUGAAAAACAAGGGUCCUUGUCCAUAAUGUGAGUUAAUUUGUGACAUUUGCAUUUAAGAGUUUAGUGGUGCAUGUGGCUACUCUGUGGCUAGCAGGUGAACAGGUGUCCUCUGGGUGGUAAACUGGGUGCUCGUGGACUUGUGGCUGCAGCUGUGGAGUGAAUGGUCUUUAGAGGGUGAGCUGAAUGGUGACGUGCCUCUGGCUUUUGGACCCCUCAGUCGGUCACACCCUCCUCCUGCUAAGGUCGAUGUGUCUCAGCGCGCUUGCGCUCAGAAUGCAGCUGUUGGCGCGGGAAGCAGCAGCCAGGCCACAGGACCUGGUGUGGAAAUGGAAUGAGAACCCAGUCACAGAGAUGCCCCAUCUCCCGUUGAGCCCACCCAACAAUCAGGCCGCUCCGACAAUCACCACUCUCGCCCGGCCAGUGUGGAGGGAGGUUCAGGAACUGUCCCGUGGAUCCCAGGCGGGGAGAGACUCCAGUUUCCUAAAGAGGCCGGCUGGUGGUUUGCUUACGUUUCCGUUGUAGUUGUACGAUUGUGUUGACCAGCUUAAAUUGUCUCCUGGUGAAAAUUGCUGAAGUGUGGUUAAAAUGUUCCAUGUAGCCCCCCCACCUCACAUGCCCCUUUGGGUGGCUUCUGGGCGCCUACCCCCUGACCUCAGCUAGCCUGACCUCUCAGUACAGUUGGUUGGGAUGACCGGUGCUGAGAGCUCUGGGUCUCUGUCUGCUCUCGCUGAGCCAUUUCCUAACCUCAGCGUGCGUUUCUGGAAAAACCGUGCCUGGCUGCCUGGCGCCAGUCUUGGGGUGUGCUGUAGAAGUACUGACAGGAGACAACACAGCCUGGCCGCAGAGAGCAGGGCCAGCUUAGGCCAGGCGGGUCUCCUCCUGAUGUUUAAUUGACCUUGGGUGGGAGGAGGCCUCCGUGAAAUGCUUGCAGGGUACACUCUGCACCUUUGCAGCAUUCAUGUUUUUCAUCUUGGGACUGAAUGCAAAGGGAAAGGCUUGUUGUUUGCCUUUUUAAAACGUAUUGGAUUGACUUUCAGCUUUCUUUAGUUAGCACAGCAGCAAUGGGUGCUAGUCCCAGUUCUGCAGCCGUUUCCUCUGUCCACAGUCCUUUCCUCUCAACCCACGUCACCGAUCACCUUGCCAAACGGAUGGCCGCACGCCCUGCUAGAAGGCGCCCUCCCUUCUCCAUCCAGGAACGGUGUUUCCCAAAUGUGCCCUUCCGAAGUCCCUCAGCUUGCAGUGGCUGUUUUGUAAUGGCCUCGUUGGCAGGUCGUGGAUCCCUUUUCCUUUUCCCUCCUGAAAGCCCUGAGAUUGUGUGCCCACCUCCCAUAUUCUGCAUCCUGUGAUCGUGUGGCCCUUUCUGUAGGAGGGUCUUUCCAAGCGCAUGUCUGGAACAUACCCUCUGUGUGUGUGUGCGUGUUUUUUCAAAGUGGUCAGAGGGCUCUGGAUGCUCUGUGUGGGCCUCUGGGCUGCGUGGGCAGGUGGCACAGAACCCUGCCCGGGCGAGGGGCUGGAAGGCUGGGGUCCCUAGCGCCCCCAUGCUAUGUUCAGCACGUCUGCCCCGCAGCCCGGUGGUCCCGCCACAGCACUGCAUCUCGUGGUUGUGCUGUUACUGGUAUAAAGUCAAGUGCCUUCAAUGCUAAAGGCUCAGCAAUUUUUCUUACACCGAUUUCAUGUCCUAUGCAAGUGUUUUCUACAACCUGCAUAACCAGUACUUUGUAAAACUUGUUUACGCUUCAAUUGUACAUAGUGUUUUUUAAAGAAAUAGAUCGUAUUUUUAUUUAGGUACCUCCAAACUUGAACUCGUCUGUGGGGAGCGUUGUCAAACGAGACAUUUCUCUUUUGAGCACCAGGACAGUGGGACAGGUUUUCACUGGUUCUAUUUUUCUACUGUUACUGAUAAGCAUGUAACACUGACUUGAUCCUCCAUCUAGUUGGCAUUUCAAAUAAAUGGCUUGUAUAGAA